GUUAACAGUAAGGUAUGAGCGGAUUAACGGGGAUUAACGGGACAACGAUCGCCAACCUUGUCGGGACAGUCAGUGUUGUGAUGGCAGUGACUGCGACAGGAGGUGUGUCGACACGUCCCUGCCGCUUGAAUGUGAGAGUGAUCUUACAUUUCAGAAGUGGGAUCAACUCUGCCGCAGAAGGAAGUGGAAGGAGUUCUAAGGUGAUGCAGACAUAAAGGAAAAAGGUAGGCGAUUAGGAAAUAAAUAGAAAAUCGCGGAAUAAAUAAAAUGGCGGCAAAGAGGAGCGGGAAGCAGAAGAGCGGGAACGGGAAAAUGAUGUAAAAAAAUAGAGAUUUUUUUUUCUCUUUCUCUCUGCAAUUGAGCAAGUUUUUUUUUUUUCUUUUAGGGAUAGAAGUAAGGUAUAAUAUGAAGAAAAUAAAAAUGUGAGUAAGUUAACAGGGAAAUAAAAUAAAGAAUUAUCUUGUUAAUGCAUGCAAAAUGAAGGUUGUUUCGAGAGGUGGUAUCGGGAAACGGGAAUUGCGCGAAUGCACUCGGGUGUGUUCGACAUCAGUCGGUACCGCACCAAGUGAAAUGUCAAUUGAUUGUCGUUAUUGUCAUUGUGGAAUACGCGAAAAAGAAAUAAAAUAAAGGCGAAGUGCGUGAAAUUAGAUAAAAUAACAGGAAAAAGUGAGUUUCAAAAGGAAAGUAGAAGAAAAAUCAGAGAAGGAAGCGAGGGAAGUUAGAAUGGAUGAAAGAGGAAUCGAUUUGGAAGGAGAACUCCGGGAGUACGAUGAAGAAGCAAUGGGAGGAGAUGAACAGGGAGAAGUGAUUAAACACUACAGGCAAAAGAUCCGUGAAUUGGAAAAGGAGAAUGAAGCGCUCAAACGGGGCACAUCCUCAUCAAGUUCAAGGGAAGUGGGAACAUUCCGGCUGGCGGGAGGGGAAAUUAAAGAUUUAAUCCCGGCGUUCCGACCUGGGGAAGAUGAGACAACCACAGAAGAGUGGAUUGAGAAUCUAGAAUCCAUGCGGGAGAUCUAUGAAUGGACCGAUCAACAAGUUCUGCUGUAUGCGUCAAUUCGGCUCAAAGGAGCCGCAAAGAAGUGGCAUUCAACCACGAAGACGAGAACGUGGGAUGAAUUCAAGUGGGAACUAAUGAAAGCUUUUCCGGAGAAAAUUAAUGUAGGGAGGAUAAUUGAAGAGAUUCAAGGGAGAAAGAGGAAGGGAGAUGAAACCGUAACCGAGUACUUCUUUGAAAUGAGACAGAAAGGGAAAAAGAUAAAGCUGGAUGAUGCGACGAUCGCAAAGUACAUUAUAGCAGGACUGGGAGAUGAGAAAUUGAUCGGUAUGGUGGCCGGAGCUAACUACGACUCCCCACAGGAAUUGCUCCAGAAAAUCAAAGAUGCUGAGGAUAUUCGUAGAGCCAUGAGAAAACACGAAAGUGGCGAAUCAGGGGGGAAAGAAAAGGGAGAAAAGAACGAUGCACGGCCUGAACAAGAGAGCCAGGAUGGGAAUCAGGUGCAGAAAGUAUCUUGCCACAAUUGUGGGAAAGUUGGUCAGAUAGCCAGAGAAUGCCAUGAAAGGGAAGACAAACAGCGAGACAUGAAGGCAGAAAUCACGUGCUUCAAAUGCAACGAGAAAGGUCACAUAUCAAGAUUCUGUGGCAAAAAGGAGAGAGACUCAAAGAUGAUCCAUAUGGGCAACAUGAGAAUAAUUGAAGUUGAGAAAAAGGAAAAUCCAAACUACAAGGAGGUGAAAAUCAACGAGAAAAAGCUCUGGGCUUACAUUGAUCAAGGGAGUGAUUGCACCACAAUCAGAAAAUCCGAUGUAGAAGCUCUGGGGGUAGAGAUAAAUCCGAGAACGACAACGCUGAGAGGAUUCGCAGGACAAUGCCAGACCGUGGGGCAAACGGAAGUAUGGGUUACGAUUGACGAGGUGCGAAGGCAAACAACCGUCCAUGUCGUACCAAAUGAAGCUCAAGACAUUCCAGUGAUUGUCGGCCUUGAUAUUCUGGGACAGGAAGACAUACGAGUCGUCAGACAAGGCAAAACGAUGCAGAUAGAGGAUGUCCGGAAGGAUGCAAACGAGAAGACAAUUUGAAUUGUUAUAAAAAUAAAUUAAGCAACGUGCAAAUAAAUUGGUGGAGGUAAAACAAUAUUUUUUUUUUUACAAUUAAAACUAUAGGGAAUAUUUAAUGUAAAUUCAGAGUCGUGAGCGAACAAACAUAACAAGGGAUGUGGCAAAAGGUGUAUAGGGUAAGUACUAAUUUCAAUCAAACAAUAUUACAACUGAUAUGUUAACACAAGUAGAUGACAAAGGGAGAUUGUUCCAACAGAAUCGGAAAGUCAGCUCAUUAUCUAAAUAUUGUAGUGAAAUCUUAGAAUAGGGAAGGUUAAAGUAGUCUGUUAGCACUUUUUAAUUGAAUUUCUAAAUAGCAUAAAUACGUUGAUUUUCGAGGUAGUGUUUAAGAGACAAAUGAAUAAGGUAGAGUAAAAAAAAAUUGAGUUUAAUGAAGAAGAGACUAUAAAGAGCUUACACUGAAACACCCUUGGUUAAGUCCGAGACGUGUCCAGAAAGUUAAAGUCAAUAGAGAAAUGCAAGCAAGGCAAGAAUGAAAGUUGGGUAAAGAGAAGAGAUUGUGAGAGAAUUUCAUGCUGAAACACCCUUGGUUGAGUCCGAGACGUGUCCAGGAAGAAGUUAGAGACAAUAGAGGAAAUGCGAGAGGCGAAAAUUGAAGUUGGGUGAAGCAAAGAUUGCGAGAAAACUUUAUACUGGAACACCCUUGGUUAAGUUCAAGACGUGUCCAGAAAGAAGUUGGAGGAAUAGAGGAAUGUAAGAGAGGCAAAAUGGAAGUUGGUUGAAGUAUAGAUUGCGAGAAAGCUUCAUGCUGGAACACCCUUGGUUAAGUUCAAGACGUGUCCAGAAGAAGUAGAAGGCAAUGAAGAGAGAAGCAAGAGAAGAUGAGAGUUGGUCGAAGUAGAGAUUACGAGGAAACUUCAUGCUGGAACACCCUUGGUUAAGUUCAAGACGUGUCCAGAAGAAGUAGAAGGCAA